AAAACAAGAGUAGUUAAAUGUACUGAUAAACAACUUUCUAUUUUUUGGUUCAAAGGUGAAAGUAGAUAUUUGAUUUUAUAUUCUUAUACAUAUUAACACUAUUUAUUAUGUAACAUAUGUCAGUUGUAAAUUUAUGAUUUUAUUAUUUUAUUGUGUUAUUCUUCUGGAAAACCAAGUAUUUUAUUUUAUUUGGGUUGAACAAUUUUUUUCAUUUAUAUGGCAUCCAAUAGCUCUCAAAAUGUUACUGGAUAUGUCGUGUUUAUUUCAUUAUUGUUUGAUUUAUUGGCGUUUACUAUGAUACUACCACUUUUCCCGUCAUUAUUAGAUUAUUACAAACAAAAUGAUUCUGAUGGAUUAUAUCAAUGGUUGGAAAAACACAUAAGUGUUUUUCAGAAAAUAAUUGGUGUACCAGAUAGGUUUAAUGGAGUUUUAUUUGGUGGUAUACUAGGCUCAUUGUUUUCAUUUUUACAAUUUGCUUCUUCACCUAUUCUCGGCGGUAUAAGUGAUGUUUAUGGGCGUAAGCCAGUUAUGAUAAUAUGUUUAAUUGGCAUAUUAUCUUCGUACAUAAUUUGGUCAAAAGCAACAACAUUUUCUCUAUUUGUUUGGUCACGUAUUAUUGGUGGACUUAGUAAAGGUAAUGUUAGUUUAUCAAUGGCUAUAGUUACAGAUGUGUAUGUUCCAGAAAAACGUGGAAGAGGAAUGGCAAUGAUUGGAAUAGCUUUUUCAGUAGGAUUUGUAUUUGGCCCUAUGAUAGGAGCAGCUUAUGCUAAAUGGUCUCAUAGUCAAGAAGGGGAUUGGUUUGUACAACCCGCCUUAUUAGCUGUCAUUUUAACCAUAAUCAAUAUAAUUUUUGUAUUUUUUGCAUUUAAUGAAUCACUUCCAAAAAGAAAUCGAGCUCUAUCUGUUGUUGGAAAAUUAUCAGAAGCUUUUACAUACAUAAAUAUAAUAGAUUUAUUCAAAUUUAAAUUGUUAAUUGGUAUUGUCCCAUCUGAAGAUGUUAAGAAGUUACGUUCUUUGGGUAGUAUCUACUUUAUGUAUUUAUUUUUAUAUUCUGGUUUGGAAUUCACAUUAACAUUUUUGACACAUAAUAAAUUUGGAUAUACUUCAAUGCAACAAGGUUGGAUGUUUUUCGGUAUUGGUGUUACCAUGGCUUUAUUACAAGGUGGAUGGGUUCGAAAAAUACCUCCAUCACGUACAGCAAAAACUGCAACUUUGGGCCUUUUGUUAAUCUCUCCAUCAUUUAUAUGCAUUGGAAUGGCUGAAUCUCCUCCACUUUUAAUACUUGGUUUAUUUCUUUAUGCAGUUUCUACUUCUAUUGUAGUACCAUGUAUGACUACAUUAGCAUCACAUUAUGGAUCUGAUGCGCACAAAGGCAAAGCAAUGGGUACAUUUCGUUCUUUAGGAGCUUUAGCUAGGGCAAUUGGACCGGUUUUUGCUUCAAUAUUAUAUUGGUCAGUCGGUCCAAAGAUAACAUAUUUUAUUGGAGGUACUUUAUUGUUAUUGCCUUGGUUUUUAUUGAAGAAGACUUUGAAAGACACUAAAGAAAAAAAAUAAUUUAUAUGAUAUUAAAGAAAAAAAAUUUCAUCUAUAAUAAAUUUAAUGCAAUAUUUAUUUAUGUUAAAAUUAGCAAAAGAAUACUAUACUUUAUGGUAAACAUCUAUGAACGAUAAA